UGCCGCCAUCGUACACGAGCCCACACCAGUUUUUGGCCAGGAAGGGGGCAUACCGUGGUAUCGCCACAGCGCGUGUAGCUAUUGUUUCUCGCCAGUCGCUCCAUACCCGUCACACUAGCAGCGUUGCAUCUGGGCAGACGUGAGCGCGCGUUAUCGAUGCAACCGUUCCCGGGGCCGCCGCGAUAAUCCUGUGCUUUUGGUGUUGAGCUAAAGUUUUGUGGUUCGAGUUGCAUCUUGUAGCGUAUUGCGUAUUGUGUGUGUGUGUGCCCGCGCUCUUUGGGUGUUUCGUGACGGUGACAACGCGCGGCGUGAGUGUGUGCUUCGUUGCAUUUUUUUCGGUUGGUUUUUCGUCGGCGAAUGCAAUCAGCGUGAAAAGAAGCUAGCUGUCAUCUGCCGCGGGGAUUGAUGUGUUGAGUGUACGAAGGUUGUUUUUUUGUGUUUUUUUUUCUCUUAAGUGGCACGCAAAUAGCUCUAUUAAGUGACCACCGUGGUGCGUUUGAUGCAUUUAGUAGCCUUGGUACGGGCGGGCAGUCACAGCUACCAGCGCUGUGGCAUUUGGGCGCUGCAGCGCUGAAUAUGACACACGCUUUGACGGGCCACUGUCAAAGCAACUUCCUCACCGUUUGACGCGAUGCCCACGAUGUCCUCGACGUGGAUCGAUGAGCGGCCGGGCACCCACGGCAGCCCGGUCGGACGGCGAAGCUCCGUCGAUCCGUCCGAUGCGUUCAGCAACAUCAGCAACCAGAGUGCGGGUUCGGGCCGGUCGGGCGUGCGUCGGUUCGGAGACAUCUUUCGCAACCGGCUAAAGCUGGCAGGUGCGGCAGCGAUGCGUACCUUCAACGAUAGCUUCCCGCAGGAGUGCAAGAUCAACACGGACGAGGAGAACGGGGUCCAGACGCCAUCGCCCAAGAUGGCGAACGCCGGUGCGAAAGGUGGUGUCCGGACGGCGUCGUUCGAUGCGCUUGAUGCGGUGCUGGUGAACGAGCGUGUGAUGGGCCGCAAACGGGAUCGAACGAAGGAGCGUAGUAACACGCUGGCUGGUAGUGGACCUGCCGCUGGUGAAGAUACUGGAGGACUACGUUCGAGACGCAGUUCGACCAUGUUCCGACAGCGGACCGUACAUCGUACACCGAGUGGUGCAAACGCAAAAUCAUUCGCUGAGGACGAGGUGAUUGAGAAGUGCGAACCUACGGGCAAAGGUGGACACCCGCGGCAUACGCGCAAAGAGGACAAAAAGACCAAACCGGACGAUGCGGCCACGGUGGGCACACCACGGACGACCGAUUUUCAUGGCAACAAAGGGCCCCCGGAUGGUGAGCGGGCCCAACGGUUGGCAACGCAUCCGCGCACCAGCAUCGUGCACCGCGAACCGAUGGACGAGGUCGUCGUUGGGAAGCCACCGAACCGUGAACGCGUAAACUCUACCUCACACUACUCGACCGAGAAGAGUGGCUCGUCGGGCUACUACAGCACCAACCUCUACUCGACCGGUGGGUCCUCGGUGGACGAGCACAUCUACUGCGAACCGAUCGACCGGUGCCCACGCACCCAGCGGCUCGAAGACGCAGCGAGCGUCAAGCGGACGAGCACGGUAAAGUCCGCAAGCCAGGCGACGAGUGAGCCAGUGAAGACUAGUGCCAGCUGUGAUAGGAAGCGGGGCGGGAAUGAUCAGGAACUUUCGGAACUGCAGCGCAAUAUCCGGGGGCUGGAGCAGUACUACUAUCCGGCCUCGCUGUCAUCUCCAACGGUCCCGGUGCAGAUAAGUGUGAUGCGGGCAUCAGUCGUACAGCAGCCUCUGCAUGCAGCUUCCAACAUUGGGGCCGAAGCGGGUGGAGCUGGUGGAGUAGAUCGUACCGAAGGUUGUGAGGUUCAGGAGCGGUCUCAGGAGCAGCAGGAACAGCAGCAGCUGUCUGUCAUAAUGGAGGGCAAUGAUGGACAGAUCCCUAGGCCUAUUUGGCCACUGGAUACGGACGAUUCGUUGAUGGAUAUUAAUCUGGAGUCGUUCCGUAUGGCAAACCACAGCAGUCAGAAUUUGAUUGGGUUCGAAAGUCCAACGCUGUCCUCGAUCUCCGAGAGUGAGAUGUACGCGAUGCGCGAUCAGGUAUUGGAUGGCGCAGCGGAGGGCACUAGUCGCAAGAAGUCCCAGUACGAGGAAUAUCUCGAGUUCCAUAACACGCGCAACAUACUGGAGCAGAUCCGGGGAAAGCUAAACACGCUGCUGGAACAGCGAACGGAGCAGCAAGAGCAAGCCUCCCAACGGAUACCGAGCAAUCCGGGCAAUCCGUUCGUAAAGGAACCGGGGCCGAGUGAAACGGAGCUGGAAAAGAACAUUGCCAUCUUGAAGGCGGACCUGGACGGGUACUUGCGCACCAUGAACCAGAAGAACGAGAACGAAAUCCGCCGCUUCUGCAAGGGCAUGAGUCGGGAGCCGAAAGUGGUGGCCGUCCAGAACGCGGUUGAGCAGCGAAAUCGUUCCCGGUCCGGAUCAAUUCUAAGCCUAGAGCAUGACUACGAGCUGCUGGAGCGGACGGGUGCCGUCCCGUACCCGACGUCUUGCGGGUCGGAAUCAGUGUUACCGUACUAUCAAGUACUACCACCGGACAUAUGUGAGGGACGUCCACCGGCAGCCUUACCAGCCGCAGCGUUGGUGCUUAACCGACGCUCCCCACCGAAUCCAUUCGCUCAAGAAGUACGUCAGCACGGCGGUGCAACGGGGUCCGUUGGUGGGCUGCAUUCACUUUGCUGCCAGCAGCGUUACCUGAACAGUGAUGAAAUUCGGGUCUGCAAUCGGUAUGGUGGGUGCGAGCGUACGGAUCCGAAUGUGGCCAUCGAUAUGCCUGACAGUGAUGACGGUGAGGUUGGGAAGACGUUCGUGACGGGGACUGGCGGUCGUGGUGGUGGUGGUGCUCGUAGUGGCGAUUGUCGAAGUGUCAGUAUUGGAAUGCCGGAGGAUGAACCGGCGGAUGGUGAUAGGGUGGGUAGGCGUGGGUCACGUGUGAAGCUGAAAACCGACCCACCGGAUGGGUGCCAGUCGAAGGGUGAAUGUGUCAGUGAUAGUGGGAGUGGGGGGCAGCCACAUAUGGCGCACUGUGAUUUUAACCAGCUGCAGCGCAACAUCACGCUCGAGCGCAUCAUCCUGAUGGAGAGCCUCGGCAAGUCGCGCAACGGCCAGUUCGGUGAUAAGGAGAAGAUGCUGCUCGAGUGGCACCAGAACAAGCCGAGCUGCUGGGAGCUGUACUACGGUGCCAAUCGAGAGGAGCAUCCGCCCCAUCAGACGCUGAUCCGGAAGAUGAAGCUCGGCCGCAAAAGCACGGUGUGCAUUUCUUACCCCUCAACCCGUCCCGAAUCCGACUUCACACUGGACGUGCCGCGUGCCGAGCAGCUGCGCCUCAAGAUGAAGAAGGAAAAACAGUUCCGGAGCCGCUGUCGCUGGUUUUUCUACUUCCUGAGCGUCGUCUUCUUCCUGCUAUCGGUGAUGGUGGUCAGUUUGAUACUGACCCGUGGCAAGCGCAUGUUCGGUAGCAUGAUUUAGCUGUGUUCGAGAAGCCUUGAAUCCCACGGACAAACCUAAGAGACGUCCUGUAUUGAUUUUAGCUGACUUUUUAAACGUAUCUCCUCAAUUUUAGUACUUGCCAGAAGGCUUUAGCUCUUUAGUGUAGUGCGUCAGCUCAUCGUUUUUUUUUUUCCUGUUGAAUAUUGUAUCCCGUGCUUUUUUUUUGUCGUAGUCCUGCCACAUUGUCGAGCUGAUUGUGUUGUUCAAUUUAAAAUUCGUCUCUGUAUUUUUGUGAGGGAAAAUUUUUAAUCCCGCCGAGACAAUCCCAUGAACGACGGCCGGAAGCCGACGUCAUCGAACCAUCGGCGAAUCAAUUUGACAGUAUAUCCUCUUGUUUCGAAGUCUAGAGAAUUCUCUUUCGUUUUCAAUCGACAACGGCAGUGGCAGGCAGGCGGGCGGGAGGUUAUGAGUUGAAAAUAAUGAUAAUUUAGUUUUGAUGUUGAUCGAUGUUUUGAAAGUGAAUUAAUUUUUUUUUCUGGUUUCAUUUCCUGCGUGUCUGCAGCGUAUCGUUCCAGCGAUAGGAGCCGUACAGGAAAUUACAUCCUUGUGCUGGAGGUGAAGGAUGUAUUGUGUGCGGCUGCAAGUGGGUAGCCCUUUUUUGUGUAGCCUCUUUUUGCGUAUGUUCGUUUCGAUUAGAUUUCACUUUCACCCAUGGCUCGAUAACGGAAUUGUUUCGUGCCGCCGAGCGGGGAGAUUGAGUUUUAA